UCCAUGUGCAGGAGCAAUAGGGCAGCCAGAUCUUGUAGCGUCAGCCUUGAAUACAUUGCAAGGAGUCAACUCCGACUGAUAGGAAAGGACAACGUGAACUUGGUGAGUUGGGGCAGAGCUUCAUCAUUCACAGUGAAAAUGAUAUUUAAACGACUCUUCUGGCUAGUGGCUUUGGUUGGGCUGGGGCAUUUUGACGAAACAACUGUUGAACCAGAUGACUCUGAAACUGAACCUGUCACUGAUAUGAGCGAACCUGAACCAACUGUUGCUAUAAGUGAACCUGAAGCUCCAGAAACUAUUCCACAAGAAUCCCCCAAAAUAAUUGAUGGUUGCCCGAACUGGAUGGCAGGAAUACCUGGUAGUCCCGGACAUAAUGGUUUUCCUGGUAAACCAGGCAGAGAUGGCCGUGAUGGUGCAAAAGGAGAAAAAGGGGAAACAGGAUUGCCAGGACCAAAGGGUGAUGAAGGACUGCCUGGAGAACCAGGUGCGGAUGGAGAACAAGGGCUUCCUGGCCUGCCAGGACACAAAGGAGAAAAGGGAGACAGUGGUUAUUAUUACCGCUCAGCAUUCAGCGUGGGACUCACCACAAGGAAUCCUGUCCCAAACAUCCCCAUCAAAUUCUCCAAAAUCUUUUACAAUGAUCAAAAACACUACAAUGAAGAGACUGGCAAAUUCACCUGCCCCUAUUCAGGGGUGUACUUCUUUUCAUAUCACAUUACUGUUUAUACUAAGGAUGUCAAAGUUGGCUUGUACAAAAACAACAAGGUUAUAAUUUUCACUUAUGAUCAAUUUCAGAACAAUAAUGUAGACCAAGCUGGUGGCUCUGUUGCAGUACAUUUGGAUGAGGGGGAUGAAGUGUGGUUACAAGUUUAUGGAGACAAUACAUUUAAUGGGAUUUACGCUGACAACAAUAACGAUUCCACAUUUACAGGAUUCCUUCUGUACCCGGAUUUGUAUUAAAUAAUUUUUAUUACUAUUACAGAAAUUCUAAACACAUUUUGUUAAGUUUGUCACCACUGACAAUUUAUGAGCUGAAAACACUAACCAAAUAGCAAAUAACAGUUAAACAAUUUGCACAUUUGUUAUGGAUCACUAAUCUCCAUAAUAAUGUUCUAUAUGCAGUUUUCGUAUUUCCCUAUAAGAUUGCCAAUGAAUAACUGAAUAAAUCAGAUAUUUAACGAACAAUUAUUAAUCAUUCAAGUCCGUGCAUUAUAUUACAAGCUAAGGUUUUAGAUGUGUUAUCAUUAUCACUGUAAAACUGGUAACAUGAACUGUAAGGCAGUCACAUUUUGGGGAUUAUUACAUAUCUGUACAGUAAAGAUGGAAGCAGCAGCUGUAUUUCAUCUAUUAAUAGACACUGUUGUAAUGUUAACGAUGACUAAAAGACAUUAAAUAUUCAGGACAAUCCUGUGUCACACUGUGAAUUUACCUCAAGAUUCCAUUUCAAUACCUACUAAAUUGGUUACGAUCAGUGAAGGCCUUGUUCACAAAACACUUUGAGGUUUUAUGGAAUAAUAAACUGUAAUUAAAAAUG